ACGCGCUGGAGGUCGAAGGGGAGCGCAGACGAGAUGUGGUACUCUCAAUUCAACUCUCCCAUGCAGAGACACAAAGUCAGUCGUCGUGGCUGUCGUUUUAAACGGGAACCCUCAGAGAUAUUCAUAGCGAGCGAUAGCGGAUGGCUCGUUAGCCUAAGCCGGCUGUCUCAGAGGAGCGCGAUGCAUCUGCGUUUUAGCGACGUAGCGCCAUAGCUGCUGCCCUUCUUGCUCUUGGAGGCGGGCGUGGACGCUAGGAGAGGAGCCGAACAAGACCGACAGAGAAUAUGGAGUCGUUUACCAAUGGCAGUCGUCGCUCGUCGACCUUGUAUUCUCUUCUUCUUCUUCUUCUUGUCGUCGCACCUGCGGCUUUUGCAACGUCGUUGACGUCGACGGCAGACGGAUUGGGCCCCUCCUCUCACGUCGCUGGCGCUAAUGGGCAUCGAAAGCUUGGGGAUGUCCGGCCUGAAGUGUCACCGUUCGCUGAUGCGGAUGGAACAGGCGUUGCUGAGCAGCCUGCGCGGAAGAUGCAAGAGGCAGGCGGAAGUCUUGCCGAGGCGCUGGAUGAGAGUGGCAAGGGAAGCGGCGGCGGCGGCGGGUACUUCGGCUUUGGAGGCCAAACUACCGGAGGCGCCGGCGGCCCUACUGUCUAUGUUGACAACUGCAACGACAGCGGCCCUGGCAGCCUAAGGUAUUGGUGUGGCCUCCCUGGGAAGAGGGUCAUCAAGUUCAAACAGGACUGUACCCUCCGAUUGAAGUCUAGGCUGGAAUGUACCAAUGACAAGACGGUCGAUGGGUCAGGCCAGCAGGUGAAGAUCACCGGCUGGGGUGUCAGUGCCAACCGCGUGUCCAACGUGAUCUUCAAGAGCUUGUGCAUCACAGGGACGAGAUUGGAUGGGGUCACAGUUCGGCUGUCGUCGAACAUCGUUGUGCAAGGGUGCACCAUCUCCAAGGUGGGCGACGGGGGUAUGGAUGUAAUCACCAAGUCUACCGGGAUUUCUAUUCUGAACAAUCACUUCACGGGUGACCUGAAGGCCAUUCUUGUGGGCAACUCGGACGGAGCGUCGGCGGAUGCGGCGACGAGAGUCACGGUGGCGUUUAAUUUCUUCGACAACUGUGGUUCAAGACUGCCACGUGUACGAUGGGCAACGGUCCACGUCUGCUCAAACCUGUACGUGAGGUGGGGACACUACGCUAUUGGAGCAUCACGCAAGGCGAGGCUUUUGGUAGAGAAAAGCAUCUUCGAGCCCGGUGAAAACUUGUACGUCAAUAAUCUUCACGAGGGAGAGAAAGAUGGGACGAUCAUUGAGUACCGAGGGAACACACUAAACGGCGCCAAGCUGCUGCCAACGCAUUUAGGAACGGUAGAUAUGCCGUUCAGCUGUCCGGCUUGGUCCGAAGACAGCAUUAGAAGUGGGGCGGGUGUGAAUUACCCAUGCGUGUAGAAGUCUGACGCCUGACGGUGCUCGCCGUUGUCUGCUGCGGGGAUGGUGGAGUCACUGGAGUGGAACGAAAAGCGAGGGACGUUGACGGAUAAAUAUGCCGUUAAGCUGUCCGUCCGGGUACGUAGGAGGUCCGAAAGCAGCAUUAUAAGUCAGGCUGGUGUGCCUUCACCAAUGAGUGCGCUUUCAGAACUUAGACGGUGCUCAGGGUUUUCUGCUGCGGGAUGGUGGAGUCGCUGGAGUGGACUGUCAAGCUAGGGGCGUCGCGGGAAAUACGUUCCCUGCGUAGUAUUUGGCUUGGCGGUCUGCUAAUGUCGAGCACAGCGGUUGGCUGCCUGUUUCUCUCUCUCUCUGUGUGUGUGUGUGUGUGUGUGUGUGUGUGUGUGUGUGUGUGUGUGUGUGUGUGUGUGUGUGUGUGUGUGUGUGUGGAGCAUCAUAAGUCGAGCUGGUGUGAUGUAUGAAUAGAAAUGAGAGAUCGGUGAGGACUCAGGGCUUUCUGCUGUGGGGGGUAUGAUGGAACGGGAAGGGAGGGAGAUUGUGAUUGUGAAUCUGGGAUUACAUCACGUGAGUUGCAGUCGACGGACUAUCUGCCAGUGUGAGCACUAGUAUUUCAGUUCAAGAGUCUUGGCUCUCUGUGCUUCGCCACCAACCUACUACUACGUUUCUAGUGACGGCAUAAUGGGACUGCACUUCCAACUUCCAAGUGCCAUCUUUCGCGCGAUAAGCGUCUUGACUCUGCAUGCAUGUAGCCUUAAGGCGCGCGAUCCGGAUCCCUACUUUCGUAAUGCAACGUCCUGCCCGCUUCGUUUCAAAGCGAGGUUACGUACUUGCUUAGCGCGCCGUGUCUGGAUCCCUACUGCAAUUUUUCACUGGCCUCCCCGCUACAUUCUUAAACGUUCGAUGAGGUAAUCCUUACGUGCUUGUCCGUUUCCUUUCGUUUUCAGCAGCAGAUGCGUCUGCAAUGUUUGUGAGAAGAGUAAUAAAAGUUCAGCAUUAGGGUCGGUGAACUCUUUUUUUUUCAGUACGGGAAAUGCUGUUAAUGUCUUUAUGGACGCUUAUACGCACCGUAUUGUCGCCCCGCAUAUCAUGUUUCGUACUGGGAGGCGAGCUGCAUGCUGCAUGCACGUCCGUGUGUGGCAAGCAAGCGAUCGAGAGAGAGAGAGAGAGAGAGAGAGAGAGAGAGAGAGAGAGAGAGAGAGAGAGAGAGAG